AUGGAUAGAAAAAAAUCCACAUUAUGGUCGUUUUUUCAACCCACAACCGACCAAAAAGCCACAUGUAAUUUAUGUAGGCAAAAUAUUAGUUAUAAAACUUCAAUAAGCAAUUUAAAGAGACAUCUUCAAAGAAAGCAUCCCUUAGUAAAUAUUACUUCUGAUGAUGGACGUACAAAUAAUUCCGUUCCAUCUUCAAAAAAAAAUCAAAACACUAAAGAAAAUUCGUUAAUUCAGCCGUCUUCAAGUUCAUCUGAAAAUAAUGAUAAACAUACAGAAGAAAAUUUAGUUGUUCAGCCAUCUACAAGUACUGCUCAAGGUCAAAUACAUAAUUCAACAGUUCAAACUAAGCUCCCAUAUUUUCCAAAAAAGAUGGGACUUCAACAAAAAACUAAAAUAGAUAGAAGCUUAAUGGAUUUGUUUAUUAAAGAUUUUCAACCAUUUCGUGUAGUUGAAGAUGAGGGUUUCCGUAAUUUUACGACCUGCUUGAAUCCAUCGUAUGAAUUACCAAACAGAAAAACUAUCAGUAAUACUCAUUUGCCCGCAUUAUAUGAAGAAACCUUAAAGAAUGUUCAAAGGGAAAUUGGUGACGUAAAGUCUGUUACCCUUACCACGGAUUGUUGGACGUCUGUCAGUACGGAAAGUUAUAUGGCGGUUACCGUACAUUUUAUCAGUAACAAUUUUCAAACUAAAUCUAUUCUAUUAGACUGUAUUCAUUUGCCGCAAUCACAUACUAGCGAGAAUUUAGCUAAAGAGCUGAAACAGAUAGUCGUUUCUUGGGGAUUGCAAAAUCAAAUUUUAUUGGCAAUUUCUGAUAAUGCCGCAAAUAUUAAAAAAGCCAUUCAAGAUAUUUUAAAGUGGAAGCACCUUGGUUGUUACGCCCAUACUCUAAAUUUAAUAGUUGGGGAUGCACUUAGUGUUGUUGAUGAUUUUUUAAAAAAGAUAAGACAAUUGGUUGGUCAUUUUAAGCGUAGUACUACAGCUGCGGCAAAGCUAGCUGAGGUACAAAGCCAGCAAGGGAAAAUUCCUAAGAAACUACUACAGGACGUUUCAACAAGGUGGAAUUCCACUUUUUAUAUGUUGGAGAGGCUAUUAGAAAUAGAGGAAGCAGUUCGAACCACAAUGGCUUUGUUAAAUAGUAAUACAUUACCAAUUAUAAGUGUAGAGGAGUGGCAACUGUUAAACGAACUCAAAAUAGUGUUGGAGCCUAUGGAAAAACUAACAAAAAUAAUGAGUGGACAAAAUUAUACGACUUUAUCAAGUGUUAUUGUCCUUACAAAGGGUCUUGAAGCGAAUUAUAAUAAGUUAAACGAAAAUAAAGAAACUUAUUGUACUUUUGCUUUAACACAAACGAUAGUGCAGAAAAUUUUAGAUGGGAUUCAAAGACGAUUAGGGGAUCUAGAAAACAGUAAUACGCUUUUCAUCAGUACAUUUUUAGAUCCAAGAUUCAAAAACAUUGGUUUUUCUAACGAUGGUAUGGCUGAUAAGGCAAAGAAAUUAGUAACAGCUUUAGUUACGGAAUUGAUAUAUAUGAACCCUAAACAAAUUGAACAAAAAGAUCAGAAUACACCGGUAGAAAACCUUUCCUCUGAACUACCACAGAAAAAACCAAAGGUUGAUUUUUCGCCAUGGGAUCAAUUCGACCGAAAGGCAGCUUCUUUCAAGCCUAGUGGCACUUCCUCAUCUAGAGCAAUCGUUGAAGUUCAACGAUAUUUAGAAGACGACCCACUGGAUAGACACGAAGAUCCGCUUUUGUGGUGGAGACAGCAUGCAUAUAACUACCCAAAUUUGUCAAAAGUAUUCAUUGAAAAAUUCGGAACAAUUGCAACUUCGGUUCCUUGUGAACGAGUGUUCUCCAAAACUGGACAAAUAAUAACUGAGCGAAGAUCUAGAUUAAAUUCUCAAAAAGUUAGGCAACUUAUAUUUCUAAAUGUAAACAAAAAGUGA